AUGGCUCUCGCUGCUGCCAAGCGAGCUAUGUUCGCUGUUUUCUCGUCCAAGGGCAACGGUCCCAAGACACGAACCGCCCUUAACCCCCUGCGUGACUUAAUCCAAGAGUGCCCUGACGAAGGUAUCGUUAACAUCAUCACCAGUGGGACCUCCUACAUGGCGGUAUUGUAUAACAGUACCAGUCCUGCUGUGGCCAUUCCAGACUCAGUGGCCUCUCAGGAUGAGGAGGCUCCCGCAUCUUCUACACAAAAGCACAUCCUGAACCACGAUGAUGGAUAUUCGGAACAUUGA